UGUUAAUUUAAGCCUUAACCUUAUAAAAAUAAUAAUAAAGAAUCAAAACAAACAAAUCUGCUCCUCUAUGGAUUAAAAAAAAAAAAUAAAGAAAGAAUGAAAAAACAGAAAAUCUGAAACGCCGUGUCACGCUAAACUUAUUUUAGACGCCCCAUCACCACAACCACACCACGCACCAACAUUGCCGAUUCGGUACAAAGUGAAACCAAAAUUAACACCACUCCCUUGCCCCUGUUGAUGUCAUCGUAUGCCGCGAGCAAAAAAUCGAAUCAACCCUCCUAUGUGUCCCUGAAACUUGAUCAAGAGAGAGCGUUAGAGUCAAGCCUCGAAAAGGAUAACAGCCAUCCGGAGCAACAGCAAUCUGCCUCCUACGAAAAUGAACACGACGACACCGAAGAAACCGAACAUGAUGGAGAAGUGGUGGAUGAAGAGGAGACGGAGGAUGGAAGCAACAGUGCUGGUGCUGAUGAAUCGGCUCAAGGACGUGACCUGGCCAAUGAGGAAGCCGAUCAUGAACUGGAAGAAGUCAGUGGCCAACAAAGCCAAGAAUCUUCGGGAGAGCAACAUGAUGAUGAUCAUGAGGAUAGUCACGAUCAAGAGUUGGAGGAAGACAAAUCGGAGGCUCAACACGAUGACAGCAGUGACAAGCAUCCCCUUUCCCAUGAACAAGAAGAAGAAGCCGCAGCCAUUAUCAAUUCCGUUGCCUCAAAGGAGAAAUCUGGCGAGCUAUAUGAAACCGAAAGCCAUGACAAUGAAAUGCCCGGUGUUGAGGUGCGUUUGAAGCAAAUCUCCCAAGAAGUUGAGAAACGGGCCAGUGAGGAAAAUCGCCACAUUCCCUCCUUGACACCAGAUCUUGAUGAUAUUGGCCAUCAAUCAUUCCUCUCCUUGACCGAUCUCAUACGCACCUUGCGUCCCAAUGAUAAGCAGAUUAUACCACAAAUCGAUUCGGAUUAUUCCAAUGCCAUGCGCGUCCUCGGCGAGAAAUCAGUGGUUGUCAGUAACUCGAAUGGCAAUAACAAUGAAUAAUUCCAAAAACCCUCACACCCUUCCAGGAAUUUCUCCCAAACACACAACUCCCCUCCCCCACUCCCCGCAUCACUAACCAAACACAAGUUUUAGUUUUUUAAGCAGAAAAUCUCUUCACACAGAACAGACAGAGUUGUAUUCCAUUGCAAAAGAAAGCCAACAACAACAACAGAAAACCGUUUCCUUAAUCACAACGCCAAGGUUCCAUUGAAAACUGUGGGGAAUAUAUUAUUUUCCUUAAUACACACAAAAUAGUAUUUCCAUUUAAUGGGUUUGGUCUUGUUGUAAUCCCUGAUUCCCUCCCCAUUUCAACAUAACCUCAAAACAACAAGCCAUGAUCCAUUGAAAUAAACACUUCUCUUUGGGACCUUGGAAAUGUGUAUAAUAAUUAAAUAUGGGGCCUAAAUAUUUGGAAAUAACGACACAAAACCAACCCACAACAACAACAACAAACGAAUGCAAAUUAAUUUUAAGUUAAGUUAAACAAAAACACACAAAAAAUUGAAUGAAAAUAAAACAACGAUUCGAUUGUAGUUUUAAUAAAAAUGUAUUUGAUAUGGAAAAUCCUAUGUUAUAAGUCUUGUCUAAAUGUAAUUUUUUCAAAAGCGAAUUAUCAAAUAAAGCAGAAAGUUUCUUUAUGCGAAUAAAAUUAAAAAAAAA